UCCCCGCCCUCUCUCCCGCCACCACCGGGUUCUAGGAAGAUGGCGAAGGUCACAGAGCGUUACGACGUGACUUGGGAAGAAAUGCGAGAUAAAAUGAGAAAAUGGAGAGAAGAAAACUCAAGAAAUAGUGAACAAAUCAUGGAAGUUGGAGAAGAAUUAAUUAAUGAUUAUGCUUCUAAGCUUGGAGAUGACAUUUGGAUCAUAUAUGAGCAGGUGAUGAUUGCAGCCCUAGACUAUGGUCGGGAUGACUUGGCAUUGUUUUGUCUUCAGGAGUUAAGAAGACAGUUCCCUGGUAGUCACAGAGUAAAGCGGUUAACGGGCAUGCGAUUUGAAGCUAUGGAAAGAUAUGAUGAUGCUAUACAACUAUAUGAUCGAAUUUUGCAAGAAGAUCCUACUAACACUGCUGCAAGAAAGCGUAAGAUUGCCAUUCGUAAAGCCCAGGGGAAGAAUGUGGAGGCCAUUCGAGAGCUGAAUGAGUAUCUGGAACAAUUUGUAGGAGACCAAGAAGCCUGGCAUGAACUCGCAGAACUUUAUAUCAAUGAACAUGAUUAUGCCAAGGCAGCCUUCUGCUUAGAGGAGCUGAUGAUGAGCAACCCACACAACCACCUGUACUGUCAGCAGUACGCAGAAGUCAAAUACACCCAAGGUGGACUUGAAAACCUUGAGCUUUCAAGAAAGUAUUUUGCACAGGCACUGAAACUCAACAACCGAAACAUGAGAGCUCUGUUUGGGCUUUACAUGUCUGCAAGUCAUAUUGCUUCUAAUCCAAAAGCAAGUGCAAAAAUGAAAAAGGACAACAUCAAAUAUGCCAGUUGGGCUGCUAAUCAAAUAAACAGGGCUUAUCAGUUUGCAGGUCGAAGUAAGAAGGAAACCAAAUACUCUCUUAAGGCAGUUGAAGACAUGUUGGAAACAUUGCAGAUCACUCAGUCUUAAGGUUGCAGAGACUCUUUGACAUUAGAUUUCAAAACUGUACAGCUGAACGUCUUGGCCUGUGACUUAUUUACUAAAUGCCAAGUGCUGUUUGCAUUCAUUUUCUUUGAAGAGGUCAGUUAUAAAGAAUGUGUUUAAAUAAACCUCAACUUGCCUUGUAUUGAUAAGCAGGGAGUUGGAGGGAGUCCAUGGAAGAGAGAUUCAAGACCUAUUGAUUGUAUAUCUGUCUUCUUGUUGCCCCCAUUUACCUUAAAAAUAAACCAUGAUUUAUUAAACUCA